AUGAUGCCCCUGUGUUCUGCCCCUGUGAAGACUGACUUCAGUAGUACGGAUCUGACAAGCACAGUUGGCUAUGACAGCAUCAUUCAACAUCUGAAUGAUGGCAGGAAGAACUGCAAAGAGUUUGAAGACUUCUUGAAGGAGAGGGCAAUUAUAGAAGAAAAAUAUGGCAAAGAGCUGAUUAACUUGUCAAAGAAGAAGCCCUGCGGGCAGACGGAGCUGAACACACUGAAGAGAUCCCUGGAUGUUUUCAAGCAACAGAUAGACAAUGUGGGACAAGGUCACAUCCAGCUGGCGCAAACCCUGCGGGAGGAAGCAAAAAAGAUGGAGGAAUUCAGGGAAAAGCAAAAACUGCAUCGGAAAAAGAUAGAGCUGAUAAUGGAUGCAAUCCACAAGAACAGGAAUUUGCAGUACAAGAAGACCAUGGAGGCCAAGAGGCUCUACGAACAGCGCUGCCGGGACAAGGACGAGGCGGAGCAGGCUGUGCACCGCAACGCCAACCUGGUGACACAGAGGCAGCAGGAGAAGCUGUUCCUGAAGCUGGCUCAGACGAAAUCGGCUCUGGAGGAUUCUGACAGGAGUUACCAGCAGAACAUUACUACACUGGAGAAGAUCCGGGAAGAAUGGCAGAAAGAGCACAUCAAAGCUUGUGAGUUCUUCGAGACUCAGGAGUGCGAGCGGAUCAACUACUUCCGCAACGCCCUCUGGCUUCAUGUCAACCAGCUCUCCCAGGGCUGUGUCCAGAAUGACGAGAAAUACGAGGAGAUCCGCAGGAGUUUAGAAAUGUGCAGCAUUGAGAAGGAUAUUGACUUUUUUGUAAAUUUACGCAAAACUGGAAGUUCGGCCCCAGCUCCUGUUGUUUAUGAAAACUACUAUAAUGCACAGAGAAAUGUGGCUCCUGCAAGAAGUCCUGUUCCUGUGCCUAUAUCAAGGAGGGCACCUCUACCUACCCCAACCAGUGCACCAGGUGACCCUGAUUAUGCCACAGUUGAAGGCUACAGCUUGAUACAUUACUAA